CACGCUCGAACUGCUCACAUGGGCAUUCUCGAUCCUGCCUACAAAGUCUUUACCAGCCAGCAGGGCCUAGGCGCCUUACUUUACAAGCUUCAGGCCCGCACUGCCGUCGUUGCAGGUGACCCCUUAUGCACACUUGAGCAUCGGACGCCCCUCCUAAAGGAAUUCGUCAUCUUUCGCAAGAAACAAGGGCUUGGUAUUGCAUUUGUGGGCGCCAGUGAGGACUUUGCCCUGUACGUCCAGCAACAAGGAUGGACGACACUACGCUUUGGCCAUGAAAGAGUCAUCAACCCUCUCACCAACAAAGUGUUGCGGAACCAAGCAAGCAAGCGCAUGGUCAGCCAAAACAGAAUGCUUCUUGAUCCUAAACGGGGCGGUACAUCACUAAAGAUAUACUGCCCAAGUAUCACCGGUGUUGAUGCUUCACUGGAAUAUCGGCUACAGCAGCUCUACGACGAUUGGCGACUCGCGAGGAACACCAAGUGUGGGAAAGACUUGCAGGCCUUUGUCACCGUUUACGAUCUCUUCUCAUACCCAGAUUCGACACUUUUUCUUUACACUACCGACAAAGACGGUCUAGUCACCGGAUUCGCAACUCUAAGGGCACUUGGAGCCCAAAACGGAUUUCACAUCGACCCCUUUAUCGCCUCUUCUACAGCCCCACGCGGCAUCACCGACCUCCUUAUCGUCACCGCCAUGCAGAUCCUCAAACAUGCCGAUAUUGGCUACUUGAGCCUAGGCUUUGAGCCAGCUUCCGACAUCCAAGAGGUGCAUGGACAGACCAGGUUUGAGUCUUGGGUUUGGAAACAGGGCUAUAACCGAGUUAUCAAGUCGGUCCCUGUGACGGGAAAGACGGCUUAUUUCAACAAGUUCUAUCCUGAUGACUCACUCAGUUCAGAUUUGUUUAUUUGCGUGCCUGGGAGGGGUAUUCCGAUUCGUGGAUCACUUGCUCUUAUGCAAUUCGCCAACAUGAAUGUGUGGCAACUACUCACUCAUAAGAAGGGGAAG